AGAUGCGCGCGCCCGGGCUGUGUGGAGCGCGCUCCGCCGCCGCCAUCUUAACAGACGGGAAAAUAAUAACAGGUUAUCAGCGUCUGUCUGGAUUAUCAACAACAACAACCGCCAUAUUUGUUCUCGCCCCGCGAUCCCCUCUCCAGCCGUGUGCUCCAGCUUCGCGGGUUAGUCCCGGAGCUCGGCGCUGUGCUCUGUGAGUGGCCCUGGCUGGGGGGCUAAUGAGUGCCGGGGGAGGGCGCAGCGUGCACCGGGAGCUCACCGAGCACAGUGCGGGCCCGGGCUAAUUGACAGCCUUCCUGGGAGCCGGACUGACUGACCGACACCGAGACACCGACUGCACGACCAACAGCCAGAAUGAAAAGAGGAUGUAAAGCUAGUGAAAGCAGCAUUUUCCCUGGUAUGGAUUUAGAACGUUCAAAGAAGAUGAAGAAGAAGAAUAGAAAAGAUGAAUACACAGAUGUGUCAAGUAUUCAUGAUUGGGGCAAUUUGCUUCCAGACAUCAUACUCCAGGUUUUUCAGUAUUUGCCUCUGCUGGACCGUGCUCAUGCCUCACAAGUUUGUCGAAACUGGAAUCAUGUUUUCCACAUGCCUGAUCUGUGGAGAUGCUUUGAAUUUGAACUGAAUCAGCCUGCUACAUCUUAUCUGAAGGCAACACAUCCUGACUUGAUUAAGCAGAUCAUCAAGAGACACUCAAAUCACUUGCAAUAUGUCAGUUUUAAGGUUGACAGUAGUAAAGAAUCAGCAGAAGCCGCUUGUGACAUCCUAUCACAGCUUGUAAACUGUUCUCUGAAAACGCUUGGACUUAUUUCCACUGCAAGACCUAGCUUUAUGGAUUUACCAAAGUCACACUUUAUAUCUGCCCUCACUGUUGUAUUUGUAAACUCCAAAUCCCUUUCAUCACUAAAAAUUGACGAUACUCCAGUGGAUGACCCAUCAUUGAAGGUACUCGUGGCUAACAACAGUGAUACCUUGAAGCUUUUAAAGAUGAGCAGCUGUCCUCAUGUUUCUCCUGCAGGAAUACUCUGUGUUGCCGAUCAGUGUCACGGGUUGAGAGAGUUGGCCCUGAACUAUUAUUUGCUCAGUGAUGAGCUCCUGCUUGCAUUAUCUUCAGAGAAACAUGUCCGGCUGGAACAUCUACGCAUUGAUGUUGUGAGUGAGAAUCCAGGGCAAACACACUUCCAUGCAAUUCAGAAAAGCAGCUGGGAUGCUUUGAUAAAGCAUUCUCCCAAAGUGAACUUGGUCAUGUACUUUUUUCUUUAUGAAGAGGAAUUUGAUCCAUUUUUCCGCUAUGAGACACCAGUUACCCAUUUGUACUUUGGGAGAUCAGUGAGCAAAGAAGUGCUUGGCCGUGUUGGUAUGACAUGUCCACGGUUAGUGGAGUUGGUCGUAUGUGCUAAUGGACUUAGGCCUCUUGAUGAGGAGUUGAUUCGAAUUGCGGAGCGUUGCAAGAACCUAACUGCCAUUGGACUUGGGGAAUGUGAAGUCUCGUGCUCUGCUUUUGUAGAGUUUGUUAAGCUGUGCGGUGGACGUCUUUCCCAACUUUCCAUAAUGGAGGAAGUGUUAAUCCCUGAUCAGAAGUUUAAUUUGGAGCAAAUCCAUUGGGAAGUUUCAAAGCACCUUGGAAGAGUUUGGUUUCCAGAUAUGAUGCCUACAUGGUAGAAUUUUAAAACCAGUAAAAAACACUGGAUAUAUGAAAAGAGCACUUUAAAUUUCCAAAUCUAAUGCAUGGCAAUCAACUAAAUUAAUUUGUGUUUUGUUUUCUUUCUUCUUUGCUUUAAUUAGAAUGAAAAUAAAUGUAUCUGUAAUGACUUAGGAUCCUUUUACUGCAUUGGUUUUCAUUUGUAUAUUUUCUAUUGACUUAACAUGUGUGUGUAUAUAUGUAUCCAGACCAGGUCUCGUUUUACUGAUCUACAUUUGCAUCUUGUAUUCCACUGUAAAAUUAUAUUGCCUUUAUGAUAAAAUAUAAAAUAGCAUUGUAAAUAUUUUCCCCAUA